CUAAGAACUACAGGCAAAACUACUGCGGGCUCUGGACAGAAAAGGAUCAUGGUUCACCCUGCAGUCUAUAUUGGUGGGAUUGGAUCCAAAACAAAUAACCAAGUUCUCCUGCCAAAGAAAUGAAGAUCUAGGUGGCUGUUGAACAACCUAGUAGCAGGUGUGUCAAUUACCACCCUCUUUUUGGAUCCUAAGAAUAAAUAGUUCUGACACACCUAGCGAGAGAUUGAAUUCUCCACAAACGUUGUCAACAUGGAACUCAUAGGAGCAACUACUUUGUUACUACUAGCAUGCAUAGUCUUCAUCCUUCUAAGCAUAACACAAGCCAGAAAAAGGAAAAGAUUUCCACCAGGGCCAACACCCUUGCCCAUCCUCGGAAACAUUCUUCAAAUUAAUGCUAAAGAAGUUCUUAAGUCACUCUAUAAGCUGAGUGAAAAGUAUGGACCGGUAUACACUAUCCACAUGGGCAUGGAUCCUGUCGUUGUAUUGUGCAGCUGUGAUGCAGUGAGGGAAGCUCUCAUUGACAAUGCGGAGGACUUUGGUGCCAGGGGGCAUUUUCCAAUUCUGGAGAAGUUUAGUUCUGGAGGUCAUGGGGUAGUGGGCAGUAACGGAGAGCGCUGGAAACAGCUACGCCGCUUCUCUCUGAUGACAUUAAGAAACUUUGGGAUGGGUAAAAGAAGCAUUGAACAGAGAAUUCAAGAAGAGGCCCAGUUCCUUAUAGAAGUAUUGAGAAAGAGCAAUGGCCAGCCUCUGGAUCCAACAUUCUAUUUUUCCAAAGCUGUUUCAAAUGUCAUCUGUUCAGUGGUAUUUGGAGUUCGAUUUGACUAUGCGGACAAAGAGUUUCUACAACUUCUGAGCUUUAUGAAUGAAAUCUUUAGAGGAGUUAGCUCUGUUUGGGGACAGAUAUACAAUUUCUAUCCUAAAGUUAUGGAAAAGAUCCCAGGGCCUCAUCAAAAAAUGCUUAAUGCCAUUGAUGGUAUUCAGGAAAUUAUUACCAAACGUGUGGAAAUGCAUAAGGAGACUCUGGAUCCCAACGAUCCUCGGGAUUUCAUUGACUGUUUCCUCAUUAAGAUGGAACAGGAAAAAAAUAUACCCGAGACUGAGUUUCAUAUGAAAGGCAUUGUGAAUACCACAUUUGACAUGUUUGCUGCUGGGACAGAAACUGUUAGCACAACAGUGCGUUAUGGAUUCUUGAUUCUCCUCAAGCAUCCCGAUGUUGAAGAACGCAUCCAUGAAGAGAUUGACCAAGUCAUUGGAAGAAACAGGGCACCAUGCAUAGAGGAUCGAUCUCAUAUGCCCUAUAUCGAUGCUGUAAUCCAUGAAAUGCAAAGAUUUAUCAACCUCCUACCACUGGGAAUCCCACACAAAGUAAUACGUGACAUGAAAUUUAGAGGAUUUUUAAUUCCAAAGGAUACAACCAUCUACCCAGUGCUCAGUUCUGUGCUACAAGAUCCAAAGCAGUUUAAAUACCCACAUCAAUUCAAUCCAGGACAUUUUUUGGAUGAUAAAGGAUUGUUUAUUCGGAAUGAUGGAUUUAUGCCGUUUUCUUCAGGCAAACGGAUCUGUCUCGGAGAAGGUCUUGCAAGAAUGGAGCUCUUCCUGUUUUUCACCACCAUUUUACAGAAUUUCAGCCUCUGGUCACCUAUGAGCUUAGAAGAAAUAGACUUAACACCGCAAAUGAGUGGAUUUGGAAAUGUUCCUUGUUCUUACCAGUUGGCCUUCAUCCCACGUUAAUUUAUUUUGUUAUUGAAUUUUUACUUUGAGCAUUUACAAGAAUCAAUUGUUGCAAGCUUGGAAGCUAAGAGUCAAAUGCCAGCAGCAGUAGGAAAUAAUAAUUGUAUGUCUUAAAAUUGAAAAUAGUUUAUUAUAUAAGAUAAAUUACAUUGUGUAGUAAAAUAAAUGUACUAAUGUGCCAGUUUCAAUAAACUAGGCCAAACAUGACCUUAAGCCCAAAAUGUAGGCCUUCUAUAAAUAGGCAUAUUACUCAUCAGUGUUGUACAGACCUGCAAUAUGGCACUAUUGGCAUUUGCUGUGUUAUGGAAGUAUUGCUUCUAGGGGGAAUACAGAGCCAUAGAUGCAAAUUUUGGCACAAAUGGUCCAUAAUAUUAACCCGUAGUGAUUACCAUUCAGAAGCAUUGCCACAUGGAUGAAAGACCUUAAAGGACGUGUCUGAGUUAAAUAAAAACUCAAACAGUAGUAGUUAAUAUGAUAAGGUAGAAAAAGUCAUACUCACCCUUUUCACAUUUCCACUUCCAAGCAUCACAAUCUCAUAAUGCAGUGCUGACAUCUUCUUAUUAGCUACAGCAUUGACAUCUUGUACACACCAGGUCACCAUGCAGCCAAUCAUUGGCUUCAGCAGAAUAUAGUGCAUGACUUUUAUUGACCAGUGUGUCAUGUAGACUCACUGUGCUCGCCACCAUACUGUCACUCACCGAGCUUCUGUCCUCCAGCAGCAGGGUCCGUUACCAGAUCCCUGUGUCCCACGCCUCGCUGCAAGGCCUCUUUCUGUAUGUGUAUUAAAGAGACCAUACACUGCUAAAACGCAAAGGUUAAUUCUUCUUUUUACUCUGUGUCCAGCUGCUGACUAAUGUGCUUAUCAGCCCUCCUAUAUAUGCUGGCUGUUUAUUUCACCCCUUGCCUGAGCAAUCUGUUAGGCCUUUCUAGCGUCCUUGAUGUUGCAAAAAAGCUGUAAUCUAUUUGUCUGCCUGUGUACAGACUUCAGUUGGAUUUCUGGAUUCUAACUCUCUGCCCAUAUGUCAUCACCCGUGCUGUUCCCUGUACUGAUCCUGUGCUGCCUGACCCUUGGAUUGGAUUUGCAUGAACUCUUCUUGUCCUGACCUCUGCCUGUUUCCUGACUACAGAUAUUGCCUAAUCCAUUGGUGCUUGGCAUUGGUGUCUCUAAACCCAUAGGUCAGCUGCCAACUAUUGUACACUGGGACUGUUCCAAGAGGUAGCGGUCUGGUGCCUCCGCUGCAAGGAAGGCCAGAUCCCUGUAAAGGGGUUAGCGAGUGAAAAUAAGGUAACUUUCAGGACAGUGACCUCAGGAAGAGUCCGGGGCCAUAAUUCUGGAAUCAACAGGGGAGAAAAGGGGUGUACCUCACCGACACAUAUAAUGGAGUGAGUAAUAUUGAAACUAUAGCUUAUAAAAUUACACUUCAAAAAUGUAUCCAGACCCCUCUUUUAGAGAUUUCACUAUCACAAAACUCUGUCAGAGAGUUCCUUAGAAAAUAACCCUCUUCUAUGUUGAUGGAGAAACCUUCUUUCCUCUAGACGUAGAGGAUGUCCCCAUUUUACAAUCACAGUCCUGGGUAUUAAGCUUUGAUAUAUUUAUUCUAUGUUAUUAGAUCUCUCCUCAUCUUUUUUUCUAAAUUAAAUAACCCUAAUUUUGAUAAUCUUUCUGGGUACUGUAGUUCACCCAUUCCAUUUCUAACUUUAGUUUUCCAACUUUGAAAUAGUUCUGCUAUGUCCUUCGCCCAAAAUUAUACACAACACUCCAUGUGCAGUCUGACCCUGAAACACAUUUCCCUUACAUUCACUACCAUAAAAGAGCGUUGGGUUAUAGAAGGUAGCAAAUCAGUGUACUAUACCAUAAUAAACUGAAUUAAUUAGAAAAAUAUCCAGACAGGUAAAAUCAAUUUACACUGCAGUGUUUUACACCAAUCAGUCAGGUAAGGCAACCAAGGUCAUUUGAGACAAAAAUUCCAAAUAUACUCAGAACGAUCAUACGCCCCGAAUAUGUUAAAUUUGUACAAAGCCAAAACUGCAUCAAUACAUUGUAUUCAAAGAAAAAUAGAAAGUUUCCUAGAGGGUUUUCAGUCGAUAGAUGUGAGUAAGGCAUUCUACAAUAUUUAUUAGAAAUUAGGUAAUUAACCAUACCCAACAAUCAACAGUAUUUUCAGGGAAACACACAACCAGUAAGGCCAAU